AUGUCGAAAACAGACGAAGAAUGGAGAGCUAUUCUCUCUCCAGCCCAAUUCAAGGUGUUGAGAAGAAGCGCAACCGAGGCUCCCUACACUGGAGAAUACACUUCGACACCAGCUUCUGAAACUGGAUAUUACGAAUGUGCGGGAUGUCAGCAGCCAUUAUACAAGGCUCUGACCAAGUUCAUAGCCCACUGUGGUUGGCCUGCUUUCUACGAAGCCAUUCCAGGCUCUAUCACUGUUCACAGAGAUACUACUGCUGGCAUGGUGAGAGAAGAGAUGAGAUGCUCCAAUUGCGAUGGCCAUUUGGGGCACAUUUUUAGGGGAGAAGGCUACAAGACACCUACGGACGAGAGACACUGCGUAAACAGUAUCAGUUUGAAGUUAAAUACUGGCGAGAGCAAGUAG